GGAGCGGAGCCGCAGAACCGCAGCGGCCGGAGCCGGGACACUGGGACAAUGCAGCGCAGCAGCCCCGGUGCCGCAUUCCCGCUGCUCCUCCCGCUUCUCCUGGUGACCGUCAGCUCCCGCUCAAUCGAACGAUGUAACGAGGCUCUGGUGGAACAAGAAUACUCAAGCGCAUUGACAGCUUCCUCCUAUUACUCAUAUUCCUACUCACCUGGCUAUGGAAAAUUGUACACAGGAGGAGGCUGGUCCCCACAGCUUUCAGACCGACUCCCCUGGUUGCAGAUUAACCUGUCCCAGAGAUCGAAAAUCACUGCAAUCGCAACACAAGGAACUUACAAUUCUUAUGAUUGGGUGACCAAGUAUCUCUUCCUGUAUGGUGACCGAGCAGACAACUGGAAACCUUUCUAUCAACAGGGACAUAACUGGACAUUUGCAGGAAACCGGAAUUCUGAUGAUGUGGUUCGACAUGAGCUCUGGCGGCCGGUUCUCGCACGUUCUGUCCGCUUCGUGGCAAUCAGCUGGAGGCCGGGUCAUUACGUUGGGCUCCGUGUCGAAGUCUACGGCUGCCAUUACGAUUCUGACGUGGUCUCUUUCGAUGGGAACAGUUCACUGAGCUACCGAUUCCAGGACAGAAAUACUCGCACGCUCUUUGACUCCAUCUCAUUCAACUUCAAAACCAUAGCUCAGGACGGACUUCUCUUACACAGCGAGGGCGAAGAGGGAGAUUAUAUCACUGUGGAGCUGCAGGGAGCAAAACUGCUGUUUCACAUUAAUUUAGGCAGCAGCACCAUCCAUUCUGUCAGUGGAGAGACUUCUGUCACCCUGGGCAGUUUGCUAGAUGACCAACACUGGCACAUGGUUGAAAUCGAGCGCUAUGGGCAAGAUGUUAAUUUCACGCUUGAUGGUUAUGUUGAACGUGUGCACACGAAUGGUGAUUUUGACCACCUGGAUUUGGAUUCUAUGAUUUUCUUUGGUGGGUUGAAUACCACUGAGAGACUAAGACUGGUCGACAAGCCAAACUUCCGGGGCUGUGUGGAGAACAUCAUGUACAACAAUAUCAGUGUUAUCGAUCUGGCAAGAACAGGACACUCACAAACUCAGAGCCUGGGUGAUGUACGAUUUCGCUGUCAUGAAUUCUUCUAUAAGGACAAGCCGUACGAUCCAAUAACCUUCGCAACCCCAGCCAGCUUUAUCCAGGUUCCCGGGUUACCAAUGCAGAACCAGCUGGCUAUCAAUUUCAGUUUCCGAUCUUCAGACACAAGCGGCCUGCUUCUUUUUAGCAACUUUUCUGAUGGCAUUGGUUGGCUGGAGAUGGGUUUAAGUGAAGGGCAGAUCAACAUUUCAUUUCAACAGACUGGCAGGAAAAGACUGGAGUUUGCUGCAGGUUAUAACUUGACUGACGGACACUGGCACUCAGUUCAGCUGCUUGCCCGAAUGGAUUCUGUUAUUGUUGUCAUUGAUGAGAGGGAGGAUUCGCCAAUACGGAUUAACCAUGCUUUACGGGUACAGACUGGAGAUCAAUACUACUUUGGAGGCUGCCCUGCAACUGUGAGGACCUUGGGCUGUUUUUCUAAUGUGAGUAUGUUCCACGGCUGCAUGCAGCGUAUCCACGUCGACAAUUAUCUUGUGGACCUGGAGUUAGUAAAACGACGCAAACUAGGAAGAUAUGCAGAGAUGCUGUUUAACACGUGUGGGAUAACAGACAGAUGUACGCCCAAUUUGUGUGAACACGGAGGAAUUUGCCUGCAGACCUCAGAGAAUUUUGUAUGUGAUUGUGAGAGAACAGGAUAUAAAGGACCAACCUGUCAUAACUCUCUCUAUCCAGAGUCAUGUGAUGGAUACAGGAAACUGGGUGUCAGAACUUCUGGAAACUACACAAUUGACCCUGACGGGAGUGGUCCAUCGAGACCCUUCACCGUUCACUGCACAAUGACAGAGGAGAAAGCCUGGACAGUUGUUUAUCAUCUGCAGCAACAAGAUACCAAAGUAACAGGCUCGACUUUGGAGAAACCCUUCGUGGGGCAGAUCAAAUAUUACAACAACACAGAGGAGGAGAUUUCGGCAAUAACUCUAGCAGCUGAGUAUUGUGAACAGAUGAUCUCCUUCUCCUGCUAUAGGUCCAGGCUCCUCAACAGUCCAGCUGGGCUGCCCUUCUCCUGGUGGCUGGGCCGUGGAUCUGAGAAACAUUUCUACUGGGGAGGUGCGAGUCCUGGGAGUCAGAGAUGUUCCUGUGGGAUGGAGAGAACUUGCACUGACCCAAAGUAUUACUGCAACUGUGAUGCAGACUACAGGCAGUGGAAGUAUGACCGAGGUUUGCUAACGUAUAAGGAGGAUCUGCCAGUUACUAAAGUUGUUGUUGGCGACACAGGCCGCUCAGGCUCUGAGGCUCGAUUUAAUGUGGGACCUUUACGUUGCUAUGGAGAUGGGGGAUCCUGGAACUCUGCCUCAUUUGUUCAUGGGAAUUACCUUAUGUUUCCGAGCUUCAGUCCUGGCCCCAGUGCUGACAUUUCUUUCAAUUUUAAAACCACAUCCUCCUAUGGCGUCUUCCUGGAGAAUUCAGGAUACAGGAACUUUAUACGACUGGAACUGAAAUCAGAGCUGGUGGUUGCGUUCUCCUUUGAUGUGGGCGAUGGGCCGCAGGAGCUACAGGUGGAAGCUGCGGCCCCACUGAAUGAUGAUGCCUGGCAUUUCGUGGAGGCUGAGAUCAACGUAAAGUUUACCCGUUUGCGGCUGGAUGAGUUGCCUUGGAAAGUGAGAGAGGCGCCACCACAGAGCUAUGUAUCCCUGAAGCUUGAAAAGCCGCUGUUCGUGGGGGCAGCCGAGUACAGGCUGAAUGCUUUCUUUGGCUGCCUGCGUGGGCUAAGAAUGAACGGAGAAAUCCUGAACCUGGAACGGGAAGCCAAUGUGACAGAGGGAGUGAAUGCAGGCUGUGUGGGACAAUGCAGUAGUCCUGAAAUGCUGUGUCAGAACGGAGGGAGAUGUAUCGAGAGGUACAGCACGUACAAGUGUGACUGCAAUUCCAGUGCCUUUGAUGGGCCAUUCUGCAAUAAAGUUAUUGGUGGGUAUUUUGAGCCUGGAACCUAUGUGCGUUAUGGUUUCCAAUCACCGUUCACAGCAGCAGCAAGAGCCUUUGCGAAUAUGAUGGUUCCACUGAGUCAUGGUUUUAACUCAACCAGUGAUGAGAUUGUCUUCAGUUUCAAAACAUCGCAGCCACCAAGUGUUCUCAUGUACAUCAGCUCCUACUCCAGAGAUUACCUUGCAGUGAUUAUCAAACAUGAUGGCAGUUUGGUGCUUCGAUACCAGCUUGGCUCCUUUGCCAAUCCCUACACUAGGAUCCUGGUAAAGGAAAAUGUGGCAGAUGGCAAAGCUCAUUGGGUUAACAUCACCAGACAGGACCGUGACAUCUAUACACAGGUGGAUGAGUAUCCGAUUGUCAGAGACCAGAUUUCUCUGUGGGGAGAUAAGAAUUUUGAUUCCCCUAGGUCUCUCUUCCUGGGUCGAGUGAUGGAGGUAGGUGUUCUGGACCCAGAGAUACAACGGUUUAACACCCCAGGUUUUACAGGGUGCCUGGCUGGAGUCAGCUUUAAUGGAAUUGCCCCAUUAAAAGUGGCACUGAGAACGGACACCAAUCGGACUGUGGAGGUUUUGGGGGAGUUGGUGGAAUCAAACUGUGGUUCUCUCCCCAUAAUUCUGUCUUCAGUCCUUCUGGAGGAAGAUCCAUGGGCUUUGCAUCCAGACACUCCACGGUUUGGCUACGAUUACCUGACAGGAGUGAUCAUUGGCGCCAUUGUAGCAGUCAUCCUGUUCACCAUCCUCGCCCUGUUGGUACUACUUUUCCUCUAUUAUUACCGUCACAAGGGCAGCUAUCACACUAAUGAGGCCAAACCACUCGAGCCUUCCAACAGUGCCAAACCCACCUCCCUGAAGAAGGACCAAAACCUUCCACAGAUACUGGAAGAGACUAAAACCGAAUAGUUGGAGCCGAAUUUGCACUUUGCCAAGCGACAGUUGUAAGAAAAUCUCUGAUUAAGGAUGCAGUCCAAUGUUAAAUACACUGUCUCUAACUGAUCAACAUUCCUUAUUUGUGAACAAGGAUUACUUAUAGAAAAAUAGGCAAAAAGAAUUCACAAAACCAAAUCACAUGGUUUUAGUAAGAUGUGUGUCAGUGUUCGCAUCUGAGAAAAUCUUUCUAAUUGGCAAAUUUUUUUAACAGUCAUGUGGAAUCUAAUGCUGCUAAUUAAGGCUAAAAAUGAGUAGAAACCGUAUCUAUAUAUGAAUUGCUGCUGCUGCCGGUUACAGCGGGGAAUGGAAUCCUGGUUCCAAACUAUAAUCAAUGCACUGCUAUGCUGUACGCUAUCCUAGUGCAUGCAAAAUACCUGCAAUAUUUACCUCACUUUGACAUAAACAAUCAUUUGCAAUAUAUUUUUACUUUUUACUGUUUCUUUUGUCAAGUAUGAAUCAACAUUGUUUAAAAUUCUCACUGUAAUAUUUUAUAAAUGGUUGUAACAUGCAGGCAGUGAAAAUGUAACAUGGGAAUGUACCAAUAUCAUCGAGAGGGGGCAGCAGAUGGCAAGGCCUUAGACUGGCCUUUAUGUGAAUGGACAUGAGCCCAAUGUUACCCACUCCCUGCUCCACAGGUGCUGGUGGUAGAUUCAGAGACAGAAGGUCCAGUGUUGGAUCACACCAUGAACAUCAGCCCUAUUGCCAGGGAGUUUGCUGCAACACUGCCAUUACGUGGUGAAACUGGGAACAGUUAGCACUAAGAGGAGCAUGUGGGUCAAUUAAAACAAGAUUCUGGAAUGGAAUCUCUGAGGUAUAUGUAAGUCAAGAUUAGAAUUAGUGUCUAAGCAACAGGACUUCCAGGUAACACAGUGGUUAAGGUCUUGGAGGUACAAUUACAGCUAGGGAGGAUUUGCCUAAACUGCAUUUGGGGUGCCAGAGAGGGGUAUUCAUCUAGACUUGGUUUGGGUGUCAGAGAGAGAGGUGUUAGAUUAGACUGGAUUUGGGUAUCAGAGAGCUGGGUGUUAGUCUAGACUCGAUUUGGGUGUCAGAGAAGGUGUUAUUCUAGACUGGAUUUGGGGGUCAGACAGGAUGUUAGUUGGGUUUAUGAUUAGGGUUUCCGAGUAAGGUUUUAGCAUUAAAGAGGGAAUUUAUAAAGUUUUGUUGUUGAAGUCACUCCCUGCACCCAACUCCCCUUUGUCACUGCAAAAGGAUUCUGAAGAAUGCUGAAUUGUUCUUCCUGUCCUGAUACCUUGCACUGCGUGUUAUUAAUAGAACUGCCCCAGGGUCGAGCAACUUAAAAGGACUCUGACAGACUAUGCAAAGUAUUUCCAAUAAGAUGAUUUAAUUCACAAACAGGUGCUUCUCUCCUCCUGAUCUCCCCAUCUCUCUCCCUUGUCCCUUUCUCUCUCUCCUGGUCUGUCUCUGUGUCCUUCCCACCCUCUGUCUGACAUUCUGUUUACAACUGAUGUAAAAUUUUAUUCAUGUUUCUGUUACUUGUGUAUUUAUGUAUUAAAUUUCAUUCCAUUAA